AUGGGAAUGUGUGGUAUUGAGCAGGAAAAUACCAGCGAGUUUCAAAGAGAUAUGAAAAGGUAUAUGCGGUCAUCUUGGGCACUAUUUUCAUUUCAAAAAUUUAUGACAACUAUUUCGCGUAUCCAGGCUAUCAACUUUAUUGAUUAUGACUCCUCUUUCAGAGAGGAAAGAGGAGAGAGGAAAGAGGAAAAAGGAAAGGGCAAAAGUGUUCAAGUCUCAUGCAAUCUUAACAAUGCAGCUUGUAAAUUGGAACUGAAAAAUAUCAUAUCAAGGACAGUGAAACUCAGUUGUGAAGUCCUAGAAAUUUACAGGUACAGAAGGGCACAAGCAUAUAUUGAUCUGAAAUCUUGGGAUAUGAGUAGAGACAAGAAAAUUGAUGCCACAGGUAAGGAGGAUGGGAAUGUGUGGUAUUGA